ACAAGCACAAGAAGCUGGGGGAGGGGGAGUGAGAACGGUUCAAAACAAAAGAAAGAAACGAUUAGCCGAUCAUGAAUAACACGACGGAUUACAAUUACAAUCAGGAUUACUACGUGUUUUACACCACGGGGUUGAGCGAGGCCGACCCUUGUGAGCCUGCCCCGAUUCCCCAUGCUCGGGUCUUCUUCCCCCUGGUCUACAGCGUCAUCUUCGCCGUGGGCUUUCUGGGCAACGGCUUGCUCAUCUCGGCCAUCGGCUUGACAUGCCGGCUCAAGAGGCAGGUCGACGUCUUCAUCAUCAACCUGGCGUUGGCCGACUUGGUCUUCCUGAUCACCUUACCUCUCUGGGUGGACACGGAGGCUUGGGGCAAGUGGUGGAGGAGCGGCCUCUUGCUGUGCCGACUGAGUGCCUACUUGGUGGCGGUGAACGCCUACUCCAGCGUGUUGUUCCUGAGCUGCAUAAGCCUCGACCGUUACCUGGCCAUCGUAUACCCUCUCCGGUCCCGCAGGGUGCGCUCCAAAACUUGCGCAGCGUUGGCUUGCCUCUUGAUUUGGUCAGCAUCAUUCCUGUUGGGACUCCCCAUCCUUUACAACCGUAUCAUCGACACAAGGGGUGGGGCGUCCUACUGCACCGAGGAUCAGGCUUCCCACAGUCCUGCAGUCUCUCUGGCCUACCUACUCCUCACCUUCCUAUUCCCAAUGCUCAUCAUUCUGAUCUGCUACUGCUGCAUCACUAAGAAGCUGUGCCUCCAGUACAGGAGAAGAAAGAAGCAGGACAUCAAACUGAGGAAGUCAGUAAGGGUGGCCUUCAUGGUGGUCUUGGUCUUCCUCCUCUCCUGGCUUCCUUUCAAUGUUUUCCGCUUCCUGGCCUUGCUCCACCGUUGGGGGGUGGGUUUUGAGUCGUGCAGCUUCCAGAAUGCGGUGGUACUCGGUCAGGAAGCCAGCGCCGUGUUGGCUUUCGCCAAUAGCUGCGUCAACCCGGUUAUCUACUGGAUGCAUGACAGCUCCAUCCGGAAAGCCGUGUUGAGGCUCCUCCUGCCCUGCCUCAAGCCGUUUCAUCUCAGUCGGCUCUCCGCCGCCUCGGACAGCCAUCCUAGUGGAGCGAGUACCACCACCACCGACUACUCCAGUCAGAAGGGCAGGUCGCCGCAUUGCACCGUUCAGCUCGCCACUUGGGCUACCCACGUCGAACCUUGA